AUGUCACUCAAAGGGUCCACCACAACCUCCCAGCUUCUUAAAGGGAAAACUGAACCUGAUAGGAAACUAAAUAAAAAGAAUCUCACUAAUUUGAAGGAUAUCGAGUCAGCCUUGUAUGAUUUAGAGCUCAAAGAGGACAAUGAGCAGCGCACUCGUCGAAAGGAGGAUCUACUAGAGCGGGAACCGAAGACUGAAAAACCGAGCCAACCAAAAACCAGGAAAAAGAUAGUUGUCAAGAUGAAACCAGGUGAAAAGUUUUGGGAGGCUCAAGAUAGAGCAUUCAAAUUGGCAGAGCAGGAAAUGAAAGAUAAAGAAGUAUCACCAGAAGAGGUUCUGCCGGAGGUCGUGGAGGAGAAUUCCAUCAGUACCGAGCAUGAUAAGGAUCUUGAAUCUGCCAAAGCCAGACUUGAGACAUUGUUGAAUUUUCAAGAUACCGGGGCUGAGAGAACCAGAAUUAUAGAUAAUGCAUCUGACUUUGAAAUGCCCACCCAAUCAAUAUGGCUAUCUCCUGAGGAGCGUGCUCUUAACUUAAAGCGACAACAACGAUUAGCAAGGGACGACAAAAGAGAGAAAGACCGUCAGAAAAGGGGAGAAAGACAAGUCGAGAUGGUGAUAAAGAGUGGUAAGGUCGUCAUGGUAGAGAAGUACGUGCCUGUUAAGGAAGAAGUUACAAAAGAUGAGCUAGAAUUGAUGGACGAAAUCAAAAGUUCGAAAACAAAUCAAGACAAAAGCGGGUUGGUGUGGGACUACGAUAAAGACAAAAUCAAGUGGGGGAAACCCGUAUAUUUUUCAAAUACCAAUGCCCAAUCUGAAUCGAACAAAGAAUUGCAAAAGGAUGCAAAGUCUCGAGUACAGUUUGAAUCGGGUAAGGAUACUUCGGAGUUAAUAGCAACAAUGAUAUAA